AUGACACUCGCAUUUCCUAUUGCUGCUUUUGGUGUAAUACUAAGUCUCAUCGGUCGCUCUAUGUUUGCAGAAUCACAGCAAACUUGUUCUCACGAUCAGUCAAGACGAGCAACGCAAAUCAAAGCGCCGGUAUCUCCCAAUGUCUACCUACCGUGCAGAGGCGACGUGUCGUCAUCGUCGAGGGGCGUGGCCAACGAGUGGUCUGCACCGUGCACCGGGUCGAGCGACAUCUCCAACGUUCCAUCGAAAAGACGAUACCACGCUGCCGCAACAUACGGAAGACACCAAGAAGACGACGCCGACAAGAGAGACGUAAAGGGUAUGGUGAUAUUUGGUGGCGAAGAAGACGAAUCUCUAAGUAUUGUGUCUGAUACUUGGUUGUACUAUCCCACAAUUAAUUCCUGGAUCAGACCAUCUCUCGAUGCACAGCCCGGCAAGCGAAAACGUCACACGAUGACGACGAUAUGCGACAACCUCGUCGUUCUAUUCGGUGGAGAAGACUUGGACUUUCAAGCAUUCAACGACACGUGGAUUUUCGACGGAGUCACAGAAUCGUGGACAGAGAUUAGACCGCGAACCACUUCUCGUGGCAUCAAACGUCGCACUUACCAUUCGGCCGUCGCCGUGCAUCGGCAUCUCAGUCCGUGUCGAUGCAAAGAUUCUGUUGUUAUUUUCGGUGGCGUCUCUUCAGAGUUCGAGGCAAACUAUUAUGGUGGAUGUUUUACAGAUAUUUGGGAGCUACGGUGCGUGGACGACACGCAUACAGAUAAGGUGUAUCAGUGGAUUCCGUUACAGCUAGACAAGACGAAUUCAAGUUUUGCUCAAAUUCCCAGAUUAUCGCCGACGGUCUUUCCGUCGUUGUCCGGGACUUCAUUGUACGUGUGGGGAGGCAUCGACUGUGGAGAAGGUGGACCGUUUGCAACCGAGAUUCGGCUGUAUGACAUGUGGGCGUUCAAUUUGACUUCAAAUACUUUUCAUCUGGUAGUCGACACUACAAUCUCGUACACCCCUGCGGACGCUGUUGCCGUUAACGUUUCAAAUCCAAAGGAUGCUCCUGGAGUUUCGAUGGAAAUAGAUGGUCGCGAAUUUGGUGUGGCGAUUGCAGGAUGGCAAACCAAAAUUAUAGACUUUCAGACAGGAGUCGUACGAGAUCCAUUCUCUUCGACGAGAUACUCUUCCAUUAACUUGUUGUCUUCCGGCGCAUCAGCCGUAGAAAUGGAAGGAGCAAUCAUUGCCUUUGGGGGCAGCUCAUCUCUCAAUACCGUGCCCUAUCCCACUGUUUGGAAUCUAUCUUAUACUGGUGGCCAAUGGGCCUGGUUUCCGGCCGCCUGUCCUAUCAACAGCCCUCAAGGUAGAUUACUGUUGCAAGGAAACACGGCAGUCGCGGGAGACAGCGUGUACAUUUUCGGUGGUUUGAUCUCCGAACAUCCGAGAAUAAUCGAUGGCAACCACGGUCGACCAGCUUUUAAUGACGUCUGGGAGCUCGAGCUGCUCUCAAGCAAAUGGUGGCGGAGCUGGUCCUUAUUUUCUCCGGGAUCACUCAUGCUCACAGCGUCAGCGGUUGUCGAUAACGACAUUGUCAUCUUUUAUGGUGGAUCGACGGACGUGAGGCUAUUUGGCGUUGUCCAUCCUCGUGACGACACAGAACUUACACCACUGAAUGCAACUUGGGGAUAUCACACACGUCUGAGAAGAUGGACCUUGUAUCAAUAUGAGAUAUCGCCCCUGCCCAGAGUUUCGGCCACUCUGACGGCCUUACACAAUAGGUCGCUUUUGUUGUUUGGUGGUCUGUCUAACGGCCAACCGUUAAACGACUUGUGGUUGUUUACGUUGUGUGAGUACGACGUUUCGAAAAUCAGUAGAACGUGUGGACGGUGGCUGCAGCUCAGCGGCAAUAGGAGCGUUUCUCGGUUGGAUCAGAGGAGGUAUCCUGGACCGAGAUACGAACAUUCGGCCGUUAGGGUAGGCGGAAAUGUCGUUAUUGUUGGAGGAACGGCGUCGUCACGAAGUUGUCUUAGAGAGAUGUGGCUCUAUAGUCUAUCCACUGGACAGUGGACGUCGACACCUGCGCUGGGGUUACCAAAACCUUCAAUGCUGAGUUGUCGUUAUUUGAUAACGUCGAUUGGGACCAAACUUCUUAUGACUUACCAAAAUUGGACUAUCGAUUCUUCAGUAUUAGUCAUAGGAAGGGUAGACGUUGCCUCAAGUUGGGCGACGUACAGCUUCGACAGCAAUUUGCCAGAGGAGGGCUGGACCGUACAAGCGGGUGGACCGCAGUUUGGUGUGGCUGCCGUCGUGUCUUGGCGCGAGAUAAUAAUUGCGGUCGGACCUCCAGAUCCAGAGAUAAACAUUGAAGACAAAAACAGAAUGAUACUGUCGUCUAUGACACCUGGCUGCAUCGCGGGUCAUAGCAGUCCGUCGUGGAACAAUGUUACGUGUCAAGAGUGCCGUUCUGGUUCGUAUGCGAGCAAGGGCUCUAGCAAGUGCACUGCGUGUCCUAAUAGCCUAACAACAAUCACAAAUGCAUCGACUUCAUUAGAUGAUUGCAUAUGCGAGGCACAGUAUUGUCGAGGCCACGGAACGUGUCACGUGAUACCUCGAGACUUAGAAAUUGCACCUCUAUGCAAGUGUGACACGGGAUAUUCAGGAAGCCAAUGUCAGUACCCGUUUCUAUUCAUUAUCGUUGGAGCCAGUGUGGCGUCCUUCAUUAUUGUAGCAGGCAUAUGUUUCCUGGUCUUCAAAUGCCUUCGGUAUAGAAAGGGAAAGCUCGCUCUGGAAAACGAGUUAGAUAGAAUGAAGAAAGUGUGGUCAAUUGGAAGUGAUGAGAUCCAUGUUGAAGAGCACGUGGCCAUGGGAGGUUUUGGUGAGGUGAGUAGGGCUCGCUAUAGGGAAAUGGCAGUGGCCGUCAAAAUGCUACAAGACGAUUUGAUCUGCUUUGUAGAAGAGGAGAAGGCGUUUGCACGCGAAGUGGAGAUCAUGCAGACAAUUCGUCACCCAAAUAUUGUUCUCUUUCUCGGGGCUGGAAAAUUUCCUGAUGGCUGCCCCUUCAUUGUGUUGGAGUUCGUUUCAAAUGGUACCGUCCGAUCUCUAUUAGACGACCCAAGCGUCUCAAUAAAUUAUUCGCAAAGCAUCAAAUUUGCUAUCGACGCUGCAAAAGGCAUGGCAUUUCUACACGGUCUGGUUCCUCCAAGAAUCCAUCGAGACGUCAAAAGCUUAAAUCUAUUGAUCACACAAGAUUGGGUAGUAAAGGUCGCCGACUUCGGGACUUCACGAGUAGUUCAGUUUUCUGCAGCCAAUCUCAGAUCAAGGAGGAAAUGGAAGAAAGGCAAAAAUAGAAAAACGGACACGUUUGAGCUAUCUCAACUCUCAUCAAACGACUGGAAUGCUCCUCUCUUAUCGGAGAACGUUGGUACUCGCCAGUGGCAAGCCCCCGAGACCAUAGGACAUAGAACUCGUUACGGUCUGCCCGCAGACGUCUACAGUUUUGGGAUUGUUCUUUGGGAGAUCAUAACACGAAAGAUACCGUAUGAAGAAAGGUCAGAUUUGUUUGCUCAUAAGCUCAGAGCGGACGUAUUGGCGGGUGUGAGACCCGAGCUUCCUCAAGACACUCCCGUAACUUAUGCGGAACUGACGAAAGAAUGUUGGCAAACCGAACCGCAUAGGCGGCCCACUUUCCAACAGAUAGUGAGGAGACUCAAUGACAUGCACCAAGAACAAAUCAAAUGAAAAUUGUGUCAUAGUGUUAAAGAGCAUGCAGACGAAUUGUAUAUGUAUAGUUUUAAUAUUUUUACAAUACAGCAAUGUAGAAGUGAUAGUCAAGAUUUUUUGCGAGUCACCUAUAAUUUGACAAAUAAGAAUGAAAUAUUUUUUGACAGCUUACAUAUUUAAUGCUCAAAUUCUAGUCCUUCCAAAUGUAAU